AUGUCCCGUGCUCCCGCAGCUCCAUGCAGGAUGCUUCAAACUUGUGCUUGUGGCGGAGUGCAUAGUGGAGGGCCUGCCUGCGCAUGCCCGAGUACGGUCGGCGCCUCCUCCGCGCUGAGCUCUCCGGCCUCGGGUCCGGCUCCAACACCGGGAGACCCUGAGAGGCCAGGGGACUCCUCAGAUGACAUCUUGGACCGCUUCGAGCAGUGGGAGGAGUGGGAUGCUUCGACACCGCUUUGGAAGCAUGCUGCAGCCGGGAGUUGUGCUGGUGUCAUGGAGCACAUUGGCAUGUACCCGCUCGACACUGUGAAGACACAUAUGCAGGCACUGCGCCCGGGCGGCACGCGAACCCUUUCCAGCGUCGUGCAGAGCAUCGUUGCGGAGAGUGGGGGUUACGGCUUCAUGCGCGGCGCCUCCUCCAUCGUCAUAGGCUGUGUGCCCGCCCACAUCGCUCUGUUCACGAGCUACGAAUACGUCAAGGGGCGGAUCCUCAGCGACGACAAUGGCCAUGAGCCAGCUCGGGCAGCGCUUUGCGGUGCCUCUGCUACGCUUUGCCAUGAUGCCAUCCUCACUCCCAUGGACGUCGUGAAGCAGCGCAUGCAGUUGGGCUGCUACCGGAAUGUAGGCUUGAGCCUUAUCCAGCGGGUUUGGGAAAAGGUUGUGUAA